AUGGGUGGAUAACAAUCAUAUGGACAAGCAAUCUGUUGUUCUAAUGACAAGAAGGCUGUUAUUGUAGGUUAGGUGAAUGUUUAAACAUAUCCUGAUCAUAGUAAAAAUUGUAAUGAAUAAAAUAUAGUGACUGAAAUUACUGUAGCAUUAGGAAAUGUGAUUCAUCCGUAGUUAUGGAAUGCUGCAAUAAUGGAAUUAAGAAGCACAGAUAUUGAUUUUCCAUUAACAUAUCGUAGGUUUUGUAUCACUGAUGUAUCGAUUGAAUAUUAGCAAUAAUUCAUUCCUGAAAAAAUAAGUAAUGUUUAGCAAAAAUGAAGAUUAAUUCUCGAGUAUUAGAAUGGCAUAGGCUAAAGAAUUUCAUUGUAUUAAAGGAGAUUUUUGGAUAAUAAAAAUUCCAAACUAUAUUACAUAUUAAGAACAAAAUGAGGAAAUGUCUAAUAAUGAACAACGAGUUUAUCCAUUAUGUGAGAAGAUGAAAAAGAAUUAAUAUCGUGAUUAAUAUCAAAGAACAUAUAUGGAAUUGUUUUAAAAAAUAGAAGAGGAGAUGAGUUGUCAUUCUGCUUAUAUAUCAGUUGGUAUUUUAGAUAUGAAACCAAAUAAUCCAAUAUUAGGAAUAGAUAAUUAUUCUAUGACAUGUGAUAUAAUAGAAGCAUUCAUUCAAUGUACACCUAAGAUAAAUAAAUUGAUAUUUAUAUCUGAGAUGGAAUCAUAAGCAUUUAUUAUGGCAAUGGCAUUGAAAGAUAAGGUUAGGCAAAUUAAGGAUAUUACUUAGAGGUUUAUGGAUUAGGCGUAAUUAAAAGCUUAUUAAGAUAUCAAUUAGUUAGAAAUAAAUUUAAUGCUAGAAUAAGAAAUAUAGUUUUAAAAGGAGGAAAAUAUUUAACUUAAUUAAAAUAAUAUAGAAUAGCCUUAGAAUUAGAUUUAAAUGAUAGAGAAACCAAAUGUGGUUAGUUAUAAUAAUGGACAUAAAUGUAUUGAUAAAUAUAUUUAUAUGAUUAGAAAAUGUGGCUUAUUAAUUUUUUAGAGAAUUUAAUAUACCUUUAAAUUAAUAAGUAUUUCAAACUAUUGUUCCAAGAUUGAACAAUAAUCAAAACUAAUCAUGUUUAUGUGAUAGAAAAAUAACGUUUAGAGUAGGGGGUAAUUUAUGUUGUUAUUGUGGAUUGGAAAGAACCACUAUAUUAGAAUGUGAACAAAGAGUAACAUUAAAUAUUAUUUAGGCUUGUGGAAGAUAAUAUUGUGCAAGUUGUUUGAAUCCUAUUAAAUAUUAUUAUUAAUGUUAUUAAGGACAUUAAAUGAAAUUCAUUAAUGAAAUAAAUAAUAAUUAGGAGUGUUGUUAUUGUAGAUAAACGACAUAUCGUUAUGGAUAUUACUUUUGUACUCCAUGUUCUUUUAAAAUCUGUGCAUCUUGUUAUUAUUCACAAUUUGCAUAGUGGUAAUUUUAGAAAGUAAUAAAUUUAAUAGUGAUUUAAUAGAUGAAAAUAUAUUACAAUUGUUUAAAAAAAAUUAAACCAAAUUUAAGACAAGAGAUUUACUAUUAAUUAAUUACUGAAUAUUUAAUGAAUGCUAAUUUAUAAAAAUUAAGAGAAGAAUGA